AUGUCUGAAAUUUUAAGUUCAGCAAAUGUAUCAGCUACUGAGUCGCAUUAUAACCAUCAACAAAAAGAAAUUUGUAAAAAAUGUAAUGAAUUAAUUGUUGAAGGUCAUGCUUAUGAAUUAGGUGAAGAUAGAUGGCAUAUUAAUUGUUUUAAUUGUUCAAAAUGUCAAACUUCAUUAGGUUGUAACUCAAAUUUUUUAGUUUUAGGUAAUGGUAAUUUAAUUUGUUCAAAUUGUUCAUAUAAUUGUAAACAAUGUAAUAGAAAAAUUGAUGAUUUAGCUAUAUUAACUGGUGAUCAAGCUUAUUGUUCAAGUUGUUUUAAAUGUAGAAAUUGUAAAAAUAAAAUUGAAGAUUUGAGAUAUGCAAGAACUUCAAAAGGUUUAUUUUGUAUGGAUUGUCAUGAAAAAUUGGUUGCUAAAAAGAAGAAAUAUGAUGCGAAGAAGAAACAUCUCGAAAUGUUGCAACAAAAGCAACAACAACUCGAAAAGGAGAAAGAUUCCAGAGAAAUGCAAUUUAUUGAACAACAGAAGAAAGGUAAAUCUACAAACAGUUCAAGAAAUAGUUUAAUUCAAUCUUAUAUGAAUAGUAAUUCAAGUACAAGUGUAUAUGAUCAUCAUCAAAAUAAUUCAUCAACUUCAUUACAAUCUAAACAUAAGCAGUUACCAAAACCACCAUCAUCAAAUGAGUCAAUUGAGAAGACUCCAAAGAUUAUUCAAUCAACUGAUAAUGAUUUUUCAAUUGAAGAAGUUCAAAAUAGUUCAUCGGAUUCUGAUGCAAAUGAAAAUGAGACAAUUAUAAAUGGUACUACAUCAUUAAGAAAGAAUAAAUUAUCUCCUACUAAUCAGUACUCAACCCCACCAUUAGAUCAAAGAAAUGUAAACCAUGAUAGAACAAUACAAUUAGAUAUUGUGAAUACUCCAUCAUCUGCAGAAUCAAUUAGUCAAAAUCAAUUAAAACCUGCACCAGAUUUAACUCCAAAGAAUAACGAACCAGAAAAGGAAACUCAUGAAAAGGAAACUCAUGAAAAGGAAACUCAUGAAAAGGGUAAAAAUUUAUUAAUCUUAUCACCAAAUCAAUAUCAUGAUAAUGAAUUUCAUGCAGCUAAAUCACCAGUUGUUAAUAAUAAUACUUAUCAAUAUCACGAUGUGCCAAGAUCAGGUGCAUCAUCACCAUUUGCAAAAGCUAAUAGACAAGCUAGAGUUGUUGAAACAAAUGAUGAAAUUCCUACUGAAGUUGUUGAUGAAGAUUUAAAUAAACAAAUUAAUACACCAAAGAAACAACAAAUAAGUAAAGUAAAUUUAUCUUCACCACCACCAAAAUUACCUUUACCAAGUACACCUACCAGAAAGAAGUUUGAUGAAUCAGUUCAAAAAGGUUUAGGCUUACAAGGCAUUGAUUAUGAACCAAAACAAUCUCCAAGGACUUUUAAUACUACUCCAUCAGUAACUAAUCUAGAAACUACUCCACAACAAGAACAGCAACCACUAAAUCAAGCUAUACCAGUAUUUAGAACUGCUUCAAUAAUACGUGGAUUAAAACAUAAACGUUCUACAUCUGGAGGUAAUAAUAAAUUUGCAUUUUUCAAAUCGAAAGAUGAGAAGGGACACUCCAGGCAUGUUUCUGACAGUUCUACGACGAGCUUCAAUGCAAGUAAUAAUAGUUUUAUUACACCUCCAUUGAAUAAUGGCUCAACAGGUACUGUUUUUCAUACUAGAUCCACCUCAGAUUCAACAAUGUUAUUCUUUGAAGAAGAUCCAUAUGAUUUAACAAAGAUUAAAUAUGAAGUACAGCAAUUAGCAAAUCAAAAAAUGAUUUUAGAUACUGAUAUACAUAGAUUAAAAAGCGAGAAGGCUAAAUUAACAGAUAAUUUAAAAACUAUUAGAUCUUCAAUAACUGAUGAAUCAAUAAAAUAUGAUAAUUUAAUUAAAGAAAUUCAAGAUUUAAAUAUGCAAAAGCAAAAAUUAUACCAGGAGAAUAAAGAAUUGAUUGAUUUGAAUAAUAAAUUAAAAGAAACAAAUUUGAAUAAAUCAACAAGUAAUGAUACUGAGAGUUCGUCAGUUUAUAGAUCAAGCUCACCUAUCAAAGAAGAAGAAUUACAACCUCAACAAAUACAAAUUGUAACAUCUUUGGAAGAUGAACAAACACAUAAAGCUACAAGAUUGAAAUUUUGGAGAAGACCAAAAAUUGGAACUCCACAAGUUGUACCCAUUGAAUCAUCUCAAGUUCAGGUACAACCCCAACAAAAACAAAAUAAUAACCUCAGAGUCAAUCAACCACAAUCUAAUGGUAACAAAUUUACAAAAUCAGUAUCUACAAACAUUUUAGAUUCAUUUUUAUACACACAAGAUUCAAAUAAUUUAUUCAACACUUCAAUUCAAAAACGUGCGGAUUAUGAAGGUAAUUCAAUACCAUUUUUAAUAACUAGAUGUAUUUUGGAAGUUGAAAAACGUGGAUUAGAUUUCGAAGGAAUUUAUCGAAUAUCGGGUGGAAAUUCAACAAUUGUGCAAAUUGAACAAGCAUUUACAAAUUUACCAAUUGAACCAAAUGAAAAACAGAUUAAUAAUUUAGAUGAAAUUAUUUUAAACUGUGAUAUUCAUGCAAUUACAUCUGCUUUGAAAAGAUAUCUUCGAAAAUUACCUGAACCACUUAUACCAUAUUCAUUUUAUGAUGAUUAUAUUAAAAUUGCUCAUUUACAACCACAACAGAGAGUCAGUGAAUUAAAUAAAUUGAUUGUCAAAUUACCUGUUGCAAAUCAAAAAGUAUUACAAGUUUUAACUAAACAUUUAAAUAAAAUAAAUUCAUUAAAUCAUAUUAAUAGAAUGAAUUUUAAAAAUUUAUCAGUGGUUUUUGCACCUACUUUAGCUAGAGAUCAAAGUGGUGAGAAAGAAAUGACAGAUAUGGGAUAUAGAAAUGAUUCUACAGAGACAUUACUAACUGAAUCAAUAAAUAUUUUUAAAUAG